AUGGCGACGACUUUUCUUCCUCCCUUCCUACCUUCCCCUGGUCAUGCAUACGUGAAUGAACUGCGCUCAAGGAUGCAAGCUUUGGCAAAAACUGGAACUAUAUUUGAACCAUGGAGCGGACGUCACGUUUACGACGAUGCAGAAAUUAACCAAUUUAUUGAAUCGCUUCGGAUUCCAAACCCGUAUAACGAUCCUUCGAAAGCUUGCAUCAUUCUCCACGACCUCGGAGAGCUCGCGCACCACAGCCGGGUUACCAAGAUAUUUGCGGGGAAGAACACAUUCCUUGUAAAUGGCUCUGGAACAGGCAAAACUCGCCUUUGUUACGAGGGAUUGUGUGCAAAGUGGGGGCUCUACUUUACAUUCCAUGUCGACAGUGGUGGAUUGGGCUCACGGGAUAUCGAACUUCUGGUGCGGGAUUUCCAAUCCAACCAUCAUGAAAAUCCUACCUCGCCAGAAAACAUCCCCAAAAUGGCUCAUCUCUUGGGAUCAAUCUUGCUAGCGCGAUUGUCGGUCUUACUGCUCUUCCUCGAGUCGGUCAACGACUCAAAUUCAGACUUGAGAGAAGAGCACAAAAAGUGGUGGCUUUUAGUGCAGCUCAGUCCCCAUAGUUUGACUCGGGACACUAUCUGGGAUCCUUUCGAGAUGUUGGCCAGUCUAAUCAACACGGAACAGGACACCUAUCUUGCCGAAAACAUAAGAGACGCCCUCCGAAAGAUUCGGAAAAUCACAGGCAACGAAAAACUAGUUAUUGCCAUUGACGAAGCACAAAUGGGCUUGGAACUGUUAACUCAUGCUUUCCGCGGCAAGAAGAAAUUGCUACAUAUCCUCAUAGAAGCGUUUCGGGAGUUGACUGGGGAUCAAUGCACUCUCGUAUGUGCUGGAAUUGACUUGCCUCAAUCCGAGUUCGUCGAUACUGAUGGGAGUGAUUUUGUCUGGACAUCCGAUACCGGAGCCUUCGAUGAUCCUAACGAGCAAGAGAAGUAUGUCAUCAAAUUUUUACCACCGUCACUACGAGACUCUCCUACGGGCCAAUUUCUUGUUGCUCGUAUCUGGCGAUGGUUACGUGGAAGACAUCGAUUUACAGCAGCGUUUAUCGGCGUUUUGUUGACAGAAGGCCUCAAACACCCGCACACUCGCCUUGACGACAUGCUGCACUCAUUAUUAUCCAUUCAGCCAGUGGAUGCAGUCAAGUAUUCCUGCGAAGAAGGGACUCAUCGGCUCUGGGAGCAGAGACUUGCCGGAUUUAACGUCUUGACUAUCCUGCCAAAGCAACAUGACUUAUUUCUCGAUAUACUCCUACGCUACCUGGUCACUCGAGACGGUGCCCAUACCUUUCGGAGUGACCAAACUCAGUUUGUUUAUGAUGGUUGGGCACGCUUUGUGGACGGAAACCUUGGUCAAAUAGUGCUCGACGAGCCCCUUGCACUUCUCAAAAUUGCACGCCAUUUGUUUCCGUUCCCUGAAGCAACGGGAUUUCGCUUACACCAUCCUGCGACUCUGAUUCGUAGUUUGCGAACGAAUGUUCCACAAACAACCGAGGGUCUUGUGCAUUGCAUUGUUUUGUACUUGGCCGAGGUGUUCAAACCACACCGUCCACUGAACAAGAUUUUCGCUUUUCCCUCUGAACCACCACCUUGGGCGGACCAGUCAGCCUCACUCGUCCGUUUCCACCGUCUCGACACCAACGAGAUUACACACUCGACAACAGCACCAUACGAUUUCGAGUCGUUCCGACCGCUCGCUGCGCGGACCACGUCGUUAGAUCAAACGCUUCUGUGGAUGGAACAUGCUGGCCAGGAAGAGCCACCAUUCUGUCUCCCAAUCCACUCACCAAAUGUCGAUCUAUUCUGUGCUCUCAAGCUCGCCGACGGAUCAUUGGUUUGGGUUGCACUCAAAGCUUUCGCAACGGCGGAGUCUAUCGAUUCAGAUCAACUCGCAAUGGCCUUCGCAAAUCUAGAGCGUAAUCAUAUUUCCGGGGAUGUUGAUGAAACGACCCGAUCGCGCAUCGACCUGGCCGUAGACUCGCUGCCGAAAUUCAGUAGCGAGAGAUUUCUGCGGGUCGUGUCUUCUUUCCCCUUUGAGAUCGAGGAUCUGGAGGAAUUUCUCCCUGAGGACACAUUUGACGCAGCAACUCUCAGUUUCGCAGCACUGGAGACCAAGAAAGACCAAGUGUUGCAAACCGAGCUGUUUGAUGCAAUGAUUGCUGGGGUGCUUGCUGGCCAUACAGGCAAGUCGCGAUGGGAAUCGGACGAUGGAGCUCUGCAUACUGCCACCCACCGCAUCAGACAUCUUGUGCCGGAGGAGGCAGCGAUUCACCAGGCAGUGCCGACAGCGACUUGGGAUGGGCGGAUGUCAUCUGAGGAACCGUUAGUGGUUAAGCCGAAGCGAGCCAGGAACAAGAGACCGACAGCAAGCAGGUCGGCAGCAAAACCGCGAACGACAAGGAAGACCAUGAGACGUGCCAAAAAGCUAGACGACGACGACGACGACGACGGCCCUGUUGCUGAAAGCAGCAAAGGCAAAAGGAAAUCGACUGUGGUGAAGAAGGUUACUUCAAGUCGGCCGCAAUCCGCACUUCCUGCUGCGCAGAAGAACAAAGGCAAGGCUGUCGUACGUUCUGACAGCCCCGGCGAUGAACCAGAUGGGAGCCGUAGUCUGGCUCUCAAGAAAAGGAAGAGGCAGAGUGAUAUUGAUAUGACAGAGGCGGCUCAACCAGCGGAGAGCGACAAGCCGCCUGCAGGUAAUACGCGAAGCAAGACGCGUGCGGAGGCAAAGAGGACGCGGAAGGGAUGA